AUGCUCUCUCGCACCUCUCAUGUAACUAAACGUUUUGUACAUGUCUACGAUAGACUCCAAAUCGUCCAGUCUCGUCCUCCUCCUCUUAGGCGCGAGUCGAGUCAAUCCACGUUAAAUUCAAACUUCAGACCACGUGUCUUAAAAAAGUUAAGAAAUUACAAUGAGGGUUUUGACGUUUAUGUCGACGCUGAUGGAGAGGCUCUUGGGGUUUGUUGCAGAUAUAGAGGCAGCGGAGCAGAGCGUUAUUACGCAUUAGAAUUGAUGGUUAUCAAUGUAUUUUUUGAAAGCUGUUUGUUUGUGAAGCGGCUGUACGAUAAUAGAGCCAGUGAUUGUGCUGACUUCUGA